GUGUCAGGGCAGAGCAUCAGAUGAGGAAACUCAGUAAACGGAUAAUUACUCAGAGAAGAAAAAGGAAGUGCUGAGUAGGAGUGUGACUGGGAGGGAUCGCAUCAGUCUCUGCAGCAACCUUCAGCCAGAGACACUGAAGUGUGACGAGUAGACCUCUGGUGGGACACUUGAGAGCUCUGUCUUGUGUGCAGAACUAGUACUAGUGUCAGCUGCUCAAGGUUGCCCAGUCCGGUCAGCAUGGCCCCCUGGCAGAAAAAUGACACAGAGCGCUAUGGAGUGGCAAUUUGUAAUUUUACAAGCAGCAGGUCACCACAAAUCUCCCUUCAAAUUGGGGAUGUAGUCCACAUAUUAGAGUCAUGUGAAGACUGGUACAGAGGAUAUCUGGUAAAACAGAAGAUGCACGAGGGGAUAUUUCCUAAAUCCUUCAUCCACAUUAAGGAAGUUACUAUUCAAAAGAAAAGGAAUACAGAAAAAAUGGUGCCUUCUGAAAUACCAUUGGUGCGAGAAGUUACAACCACUCUACGGGAAUGGGGUAACAUUUGGAAACAGCUGUACAUGUCGAGCAAAAAGGAGAAAUUCCAGCAGGUCCAGUCAAUGAUGUGUGAUCUGAUGGAAUGGCGAUCACAGCUCCUGUCUGGUACUUUGCCAAAGGAUGAAUUAAAAGAGCUCAAACAAAAAGUGACUUCAAAGAUUGACUACGGCAAUAAAAUCCUCGAGCUUGAUUUGAUUGUACGAGAUGAAGAUGGAAAUAUUUUGGAUCCUGACAAAACUAGUGUGAUCAGCUUGUUUCAUGCCCACAAAGACGCUACGGAGGAAAUAACAGAGCGUAUAAAGGAAGAAAUGUCCAAAGACCAAAAUGACUUCACUACGCAUGGUCGUAUCUCUUCAUCACCUACACAUGGCCUCUACGUGUUUGUAAGAAAUUUUGUCUGCAGAAUAGGGGAAGAUGCUGAACUUUUUAUGUCGUUGUAUGACCCUCAGAAACAAACAAUUAUAAGUGAGAAUUAUUUAGUGAGAUGGGGAAGUAAAGGUUUUCCAAAAGAAAUAGACAUGCUCAACAACUUAAAGGUUGUUUUCACGGAUCUUGGAAACAAGGAUCUUAAUAGAGACCGAAUUUAUUUAGUGUGUCAGAUUGUAAGAAUUGGACGAAUGGACCUUAAAGAAACCAACAUAAAGAAGUGUACUCAAGGAUUAAGACGACCCUUUGGAGUGGCAGUAAUGGACAUCACCGAUAUAAUUAAAGGAAAAGUAGAAAGCGAUGAAGAAAAGCAGCAUUUUAUACCAUUCCAUCCGGUUGUUGCAGAGAACGAUUUUUUGCACAGCCUUCUUAACAAAGUCACAGCACUAAAAGGAGACAGUGGUGGACAAGGGCUCUGGGUCACAGUGAAAAUGCUGGUUGGGGAUUCUGUCCAGAUCCGGAAAGACUACCCGCACCUCGUUGACAGGACUACAGUGGUUGCUAGGAAACUGGGGUUCCCUGAAAUUAUUAUGCCAGGGGAUGUUAGGAAUGAUAUUUACAUUAAAUUGCUGAGUGGAGAUUUUGAUAGAGUCGCACAGAGAAAUGUGGAGGUGAUCAUGUGCGUCUGUGAUGAAGAAGGGAAAGUUAUGCCUAGUGCGAUCUGCUUGGGAGCCGGGGACAAACCAGUGAGCGAAUAUAGAUCUGUUCUGUACUAUCAGAUCAAACAGCCACGCUGGAUGGAAACUGUAAAGGUUGCAGUCCCAAUUGAGGAAAUGCAGCGGAUACAUUUGCGGUUCAUGUUUAGGCACAGAUCAUCUCAAGAAUCCAAAGACAAAGGAGAGCGGAGUUUUGCGAUGGCUUAUGUAAAGCUGCUGAAGGAUGACGGCACAACACUGCAUGACGGCUGUCACGACCUAGUCGUAUUAAAGGGGGACAACAAGAAAAUGGAAGAUGCCAGCACAUAUUUAUCACUUCCUUCCACUCGCCAACAAAUGGACAAGAGCUCAACAUUCACUAGAAACAACAGCAGCUCUGGAGGGCUGUCCAUCAGUUCACGUGAUGCUUUCUCCAUCUCCACUCUUGUGUGCUCAACCAAACUGACGCAGAAUGUUGGCCUACUUGGACUUCUGAAGUGGCGCAUGAAGCCUGAACUUCUGCAGGAAAACUUAGAAAAACUGAAAAUUGUGGAUGGAGAAGAAGUUGUAAAAUUUCUUCAAGAUACUCUUGAUGCACUUUUCAACAUUAUGAUGGAACAUUCCCAUUCAAACAAGUAUGACAUUCUUGUCUUUGAUGCUCUGAUUUACAUAAUUGGACUCAUUGCAGAUCGGAAAUUUCAACAUUUUAACACUGUUUUGGAAGCAUACAUAAAGCAGCAUUUCAGUGCCACAUUAGCCUACAAGAAAUUAAUGACCGUUUUGAAGAAAUAUUUAGAUGUUUCCAGCAGGGGAGAGCAAUGCGAGCCAAUUCUCAGGACUUUGAAAGCAUUGGAAUAUGUGUUCAAGUUCAUUGUACGGUCGAGGACAUUAUUUUCACAACUCUAUGAAGGCAAAGAACAAACUGAAUUUGAGGAAUCUAUGAGAAAACUUUUUGAAUCUAUAAAUAACCUAAUGAAGAGCGAACACAAGACUACAAUCCUACUUCAGGUUGCCGCUCUGAAAUAUCUACCUUCAGUUUUACAAGACGUUGAGACAGUGUUUGAUGCCAGAUUGCUUAGCCAACUGCUAUAUGAGUUUUACACCUGUAUCCCUCCUGUGAAGCUGCAGCAGCAAAAAGUGCAGUCUAUGAAUGAGAUUGUUCGCAGUAACCUAUUCAAAAAACAAGAAUGCCGUGAUAUUUUGUUACCUAUGAUAACCAAAGAAUUGAAAGCCUGGCUGGAACAAGGAAGGCAAGAGCUGCCCCAGAUGAAAGAGAAGAAGUUGUGUGUAGAUUUACUCAACAGUAUUCUGGAGGUGCUCAGCAGCCAGGAUGUGAGUUCAACUUUCCAUCACAUUCAAGAAAUCACUGUGCAACUUUUGCGAACAGUUAACAGGACAGUCAUAAUGAUGGAGCGUGAUCAGGAACUAACCAUCCAUUUUGUGGCCUGUAUGACGGCUAUUCUUGCCCAGAUGGAUGACCAGCACUACAGUCACUACAUUGAAAUAUUUCAGUCGAGUUCAGAUUUGGUGGACUUUCUUAUGGAGACAUUUAUCAUGUUUAAGGAUCUAAUUGGAAAGAAUGUUUAUCCGUCAGACUGGAUGACUAUGAGCAUGGUUCAGAACAGAGUUUUCCUGAGAGCCAUCGAUAAGUUUGCCAGAACCAUGAACCAGAAAUUUCUUGAAAACAUGAAUUUUGAAGUGCAGCUCUGGAACAAUUAUUUUCAUCUAGCUGUAGCUUUCAUCACUCAGGAUUCUCUCCAGCUUGAGAACUUCUCUCAUGACAAGCGCAAUGAAAUUCUGGACAAGUAUGAAGAUAUGAGAUGCUUAAUAGGCUUUGCAAUUCGUGACAUGUGGUACAAGCUUGGCCAGAACAAGAUCUGCUUUAUUCCUGGAAUGGUUGGACCAAUUCUAGAGAUGACACUUAUUCCAGAAGUAGAAUUACGCAAAGCCACAAUCCCGAUCUUUUUUGAUAUGAUGCUUUGUGAAUACUUCCAUAAUGGAGAUUUCAGAAAGUUUGAAAAUGAAAUAAUACUGAAAUUGGACCAUGAAGUAGAAGGAGGACGUGGUGAUUGGCAAUACAUGCAACUGUUUGAAACAAUAUUGCUUGAUUAUGCUGCAACCCAUCCUUAUAUCUCUAAAGCAGUGGAGAGCUUUGUGGCUCUGAUAAAAGGCCUUUUAGUGAGGUUAUUGGAUUACAGAGCGGUGGUGACUGAUGAAAGCAAAGGCAACCGUAUGAGCUGCACAGUCAACUUGUUGAAUUUUUACAAAGACAUUAAUCGGGAAGCAAUGUAUAUCAGAUAUGUGUACAAGCUCAGAGACCUUCACUUGGAUUGUGAAAAUUACACUGAGGCCGCUUACACCCUCUUACUCCACACAAGGCUCCUAAAGUGGUCAGACGAACAGUGUUCACCUCAGGUCAUGCAGACAGAGUUCCAGAGCUCACAAACACAUCGGCAGCUGAAGGAGAAUUUGUAUGGAGUCAUCAUUGGGUACUUUGAUAAAGGAAAGAUGUGGGAGGAAGCAAUUUCUCUGUGCAAACAAUUGGCAGACCAGUACGAAAUGGAAAUCUUUGACUAUGAGCUUUUAAGCCAGUGUUUGAAACAGCAAGCAACAUUCUAUGAAAACAUAAUGAAAAUUCUUCGUCCGAAGCCAGAUUACUUUGCAGUUGGAUACUAUGGGCACGGGUUCCCAACCUUCCUCCGGAACAAGGUGUUUAUUUAUCGAGGGAAAGAGUAUGAGCGGAGAGAAGAUUUUCUUGCACAACUGAUGAGUCAGUUCCCUUUCUCAGAGAAGCUGAACACUACCUCAUCUCCUGGAGAGGAUAUCAAAGACUCCUCCGGACAAUAUAUUCAGUGUUUCACAGUGCAGCCUGUGCUGGAAGCGCAACCCAGAUUUAGUAAUAAACCUGUUCCUGAUCAGAUUAUAAACUUUUACAAGUCAAAUUACGUGCAGAGAUUCCACUACUCCAGACCUGUAAGGAAGGGCUCCAUCGAUCCAGAGAAUGAGUUUGCUUCCAUGUGGAUUGAAAGAACAACUUUUGUCACGGCUUACAGAUUACCAGGAAUAUUGCGAUGGUUUGAGGUUACAUCAAUGUCACAAACAACCAUAAGCCCCCUGGAAAAUGCCAUUGAAACAAUGUCUGCAACCAAUGAGAAGAUUCUUAUGCUCAUCAAUCAAUACCAGAGGGAUGAAAACCUGCCUAUCAACCCACUGUCUAUGUGUCUGAAUGGGAUUGUUGAUCCUGCAGUCAUGGGCGGCUUUGCAAAAUAUGAAAAGGCUUUCUUUACUGAUCAGUAUGUGCGAGAACACCCUGAAGAUUGUGAGAAACUGAAUAAACUGAAGGAUCUCAUCGCUUGGCAGACACCUCUUCUUGGUGCCGGAAUACGGAUUCAUGAAAAAAGAGUCACAGAAGACCUUCGUCCUUUCCAUGAUCGAAUGGAAGAGUGCUUCAAGAAUUUAAAGAUAAAGGUUGAAAAGCAAUAUGGUGUUAGAGAACUGCCUGACUUUGAUGAUGGAAGAGUAGGAAGACCAAGAUCCAUGCUAAGAUCUUAUCGACAGAUGUCUAUCAUAUCCAUGUCUUCAAUUGGAUCUGACUGUGCCACUCCCAACAAACUUGUAACAGAAAGCAGCUUUGACCUCGAAGUGAACGCAACUAAACCCAAACCUCAAGAGAACAAGGGAGAUUCCAUUCAAGUAACCACUGAGCUUGAAGUAAAAUUACGAAGAUCCCGCAAAAAACCUAAAAGAAGCAGCGUGGUGUUUGCUGACGAUAAACCAGCGGUGGAGUCCCCUCUGUCAGAGGCGAAGAGACUGUCAAGGAAGCAGGAAUUUAUGAGUGACACCAAUCUCUCAGACCAUGCUACAGCGCCACAGAGUACAUCUGUUCUCAAGCAGAUGAGCUUUGCCAGCCGUUCCAUGCCAACUAUCCCAGCAUUAACUUUAUCAGUUGCCAGUGGUCCCACAUGUGAGGAGCAGAAUCAGCGCCACAGGAUGAGUCAGCCAAAUAUUGGUGGACUGGAGUCAGACAGGAGGAUGGCAAAGAAAAGCAAAGUCAAUCAGUUCUUUAAGACCAUGCGUGGCUCCAAAGUGGCUGAUGAUGACAAGCAACUGGAAACAUUGUCAAUUGACCUCUGAUAGUUUUCUGCCAGCAUCCCUAUUGAUUGUAGUAAAUUCUUAACUCCACUAAAAAAUUAGGACAAAGCUUCAACACAGAAAUAUACAUUAUAAUAGAGCUCAAUGUUGUUUUAAAACACAGGUGGUCUCAUUUACAAAGCGCAAAACAGCCAAGACAAAGAGCAUAGCUCCCUUUAUUCCAUCCCCAGUUUCACAAGUGUCCCUCAAGUUUUGCACAAGCUUUGAACAGGUGGGAGGCAUCUUGUGUCUUCCAAUCGCACUUUGGCAGUGAAAAGGACUCCUUUUUGAAGCUUCAUACACAAAAGGGACACAUGAGGACAAGGUUAAUGUACCCUGACUUGUGAUUACUGUAAGUCAUAAUUCUAUCUAACCUAUGCAGUAUUUUAGCAGACAAACUGCAAAUGUGAGGCAAGUGUAAAUGACAGCCUGCAUUUCCUUUGCUGUGUCUGGGAUCUAAAUUGUGUCUCUGUUAAUCAGCUUUACAAACGGUUCACAGAGACACUUUUCCUUUUUUUAAAUUACUGUUGUCUACAGAAGGUUUCAAAAAAGAUACAUAAAAUAUAAAAAUGAAAUUAAAUAAUGAUUAAUAAAUAAUAGCUGCCAGUGCACAAUGCUGUACAUUUGUAGGGUAUCCAGUCUCUAGGUCGACCACACUUAGGUCGACCACUAUUGAACGACAGUAAGUAGGUCGACAUGGUUUCUAGGUCAACAUGAGUUUUUUUUUUUUUUUUAACAAUUUUGAUCUUUUUCAUACAUUACGAUCCACUUGGACCACAAUUGGGAAUGGUAACCUGUGCCGAGCUCAGUGGGAGUGGAGUGAGGCACCUUGCCUGAAUUUUGUCGCGAGUCAUGGGAGGGGACACGGUGCACUAAUUAGGGAUCCCGGUCACUGUACAGAGAAAACAACACCAAAAAAAGUGCAAGAACUCAUGUCGACCUUUUGUCAUGUUGACCUAGUACAAGUCAACCUAGAGUCCCUGUCGACAUAGAAACCAUGUAGACCUACUUACUGUCGACCAAUUGUGGUCGACAUAGACACUGUCAAACUAAGUGUGAUCAAUCUUGCAUAGCACACCCCAUUUGCAGAGAGAGAGAGAGAGAGAUCAUUGACUUCACUCAUGAUGCCUUGGCAACCCACCCAAUGACAUGCUUAUGUUUUACUAAACUAAUUUAAUCUCAAAUAGUGUCAGUUCCCCUUAAGGUCAUUGGAAAUAUUAUUUACUAUGUCAGAUUGUACAUGAAUAAUUGUAUUGUUGUCAGUCAUUGGGGUUUCUAUAAUGGGUGCAAUGUGUGCGGUGCACACGGGCCUCUGCGUCCAUGGGGGGCCAACACAGCACACAUUGCACCCAUAUUUUAAUACUUACCUCUCCGAAGUCCAGCGUUGGACGCUGCAGCGAACAUCGCAGUCAAAAUGGCCACUUUGAGGGGGGGGGGGGUUUGCAGAUAUAACAUGUGCAGAGAGAGUUAGAUUUGGGUGGGUUAUUUUGUUUCUGUGCAGGGUAAAUACUGGCAACUUUAUUUUUACACUGCAAUUUAGAUUCAGUUUGAACACCCCCCCCCCCACCCAAAUCUAACUCUCUCUGCAAAUGUUAUAUCUGCCCCCCCCUGCAGUGCACAUGGUUUUGCCCAUCUGCUAACAAAUUUGCUGCCGCGAUCAGAUCUGAAUUAGGCCCUUAGUGCAGUGGUUUCCAAACUUUUUUGAAUCACGGCGCCCUAGAAUAUCAGAAUUUUUUUCACGUCAUCCCUAGGCCAAAAAUGUAUUAUUGAGAAAUUUAGAAAGAAAUAUUACAUUAAGAAGAUCGCGUUUAUAUGUCAUCCUUAGGGUCCGUUCUGUGGUGAGGGACAAGAUUUGCUUCUGUUUGGCCACAUUUUUUAUGACUGGCAGCCACCAGCACUGGUUUUGCCUAUUAUAUUGACCAUGAAUAAUUUGAAUUGGUCCUGGACCACCAACCCAUGGCACCCCUGCAAGUGUCCCGAGGCACCCCAGGGAGCCACGGCACACAGUUUGGGAACCUCUGCCUUAGUGUAUUUAUACAAUAUAAUUGCAAGUUUUAUGCUACCAUUAAUUUGAAAUACAGCAAGAAUAUCUAAACAGUUCUCUAAAAUACUGUAAUACCUCUGUGCAAGUUUCCUUUCUUACUUGACAAAGUCAUUACUGCACCAAUGACACAACAAAUGUCUUGGCCUACGGGGCUACAUCCCUUGUCAUCCCUAUUCUGUUUUCCGAGACAAAUUACUAUUCAAAGUCUUGACUUUGGCGCCCCUUACAAUCAUUGAAAUCCAACAUGAUGUUAUGGCUUCAAUAUAAAGUGUAGAGCUGAAUUGUAUGUACUGUAUUUCACUGAUGUUCAAAAAGAAUUACAGAGAUUACAUCUCACAUACUGUAUACUACACAAUAAAUACAGAAAUACACAGCUGAAGGUAAAUGUCAUUAUAUUGUACAAUGAGCUUUAAAGCUUUAACCACUUGCCUGGAGUGGUCGCAUCAGAUGUGACCACAGCAGGCUCUGCUUUCCCUCACAUGGUCACUGCUGAUGUGAUCAGUCAGUAGCACCCACUCUUCCAGCAGCUACUAAUCUCAGAGAGACCUCCCAGCCCCUCUGCUUAUUGAUAUUGAUUCCCUCCCCAGCCACUGCUGAUUGGGCAACCCGGCAGCACCCCUUACCCAGUGGCUGCAUACUGUAGAUUAGCAGCUGCAGAGGAAAUGUAAUAGAAGCCGCCAAUACUGCAUGUUCAAUGUGUACACCUGUGGGGGAAGAGAGGAAAAUAUAUGUCUGCAGUGCUCGUGAAGAUGUGAUCAUCGAUUGUCCAAUAUCUUGCCCAUCAAUGUUUUAGUAGAAAGUAAUCAGUAUACCAAUGACGGAAUCCCGACCGCUGGAAAUCCCAACAGUCAGCAUGCUGACUGACAUGGACUAUACCCAAUUGUGGGUGUCCACGACACCCAUAGAGUGGAAAUAGAACCUGUGGCGAGCGUAACGUGCCCCCAAGCCCACUGGCAAGAGCAGAAAUCCCGCAAGGAGCUUCAUUGCGCCUGCCCCCCUGCUGGCAAUCUGGCGCCCCCGGGAUCCCGGCGUCAAUAUGCUGACCACUGGAAUCCCAACAGCCGGUCACCCGAUCCCAACCUGUUUUAACCAAUGUUUAUAACAAACAUAUUUUUUUAUUUAAUUUUUUUAACUUAAAAUCAUGUUGGGCAUGUUAUAAACCUACUUCAAUCAUAAAAAGCGUAACAAUUCCUGAGCGGCUUUUGGAAAUUAAAUAAGCCAGUUAAGUGGUUAAUGUUGAAUGACAUUAACUCAUUCCAUCUCUUGCUCUUUUUGCAAUGAGUUAAUCAUUUUAAUGAGUCAAAAAUGUAAUGGUUGUGCUGAAAAAUAUAGUUACGUAUUUUUAGAUGACUUUUAUAAUUUCUUUUUUCAAGUAUAUUCUAUAUUGUGUUUGCUUAUAAUCCAAAUAUUUUUGAGAGUCAAAUU